AUGAUUCUACAGAUUUGGUAUCUGCUGGCAACCGGCCUCUUUCCCGUGGCCUUUGUAGCCGCCAAGCAAGACUAUGGCGUUGGUUUCGAGCUAACCCUCGACUAUGGAGUUGCGAGUAUUCAUUUUCCGAACGGCUCCUACGCAGAGGUCGCCAAAAUCGAGGGAAAUCCUACCUACAAACAACGAAUGCGGACAGCAGAUGUCCAAAAGGACCAUGCUUACAUUGCCCCUGACACACCGACAGCCAUAAGCUGGCAAUCAUUUCGCGACUACUUACCACCUUGGCUGGGUGGUCACAAUCCCACACAUGACUCCAUCUCGCGGAUGCUCAAGUCAUUGAAAAUAGCAAGCGAGUCGUAUCUCGAGGAUUCAGUGUCAACAGCCGAAAUCACAGUCCCAUUUCCUAUCUCUAAACCUUUCUUUGAUACCCUCCGCUACGCUACCAAAUCCAUCUCUAUCUCUAUCCCCGCAAAUCCUGCGGCUCCUGCUGGCAAAUUAGCAGCAAUCCAUGUUUAUGACAUCGGCCCCGGAAAUUGUGACUACUUCCCAGACCCACAGGACCCAGCACAGGCGUUCCUGACUGUGGAGUAUACACGCUCCGCCUUGACUGCGCUCUUAGUCUAUGAGGAGUGUGGAGUCUAUGAUAACAUACGGGUUCUACAUGAGACCGAUGUUGGGUCACGAGAAUCCACACACGACCGCCGGGCCAAGCUCACAACGGCUCUUGGCGUCCUCACCAAAAUGCCUGUCAAAUGCGAUGGUGUGGUUCUCAAGUCACUUAGUAACGUGGUCUUGCUAGGUGAAUCAUCUCAAGAUCAGCUUCUACACGACGUGCUCAAAGAUGUUUUGAGCAAGCAAGAGCAGUCUGUUAAUGAAACUACAGUUUUCGACCAGCACGAGGCACCCCUUAAUCCGGUGUUUGCUGGAUCUUUGGCUGCUGCACGGCUAAAUAUGUUCAGGUCGAAUGUCACUCACGAUGAAGUUUAG